AUGGGCAAUACACAAUCCACAGUGCGGUAUCUUGCGCCGGCUUCUUUCAUCUAUGAUUUUGCAUUGCAACAAUAUGGCAUCUUCUCGUCGCCCAAUAUGAUGGACAUCCACAACCGGAACCUUGCCGCCUUCAGUCCAUACCCGUACUUCAUCGGCGCAUUCUUCUUCCCACAACAAAUCUUCCAGCUGGUCUGGUUGUGGAAGCUGUGGAAGCAAGACGGUAAUGCACAGGAGUGUGCGAUGAUGAAUAAGUUCGCGUGGGUUUACAGUUUGGGAAACUUUUGUAUUGGAACCUGGAUGUUCUUCUGGAACUCGAACAACUUGGAGACAUCAAAUAUCUUUGUCAUCAUCAACACAUUGGCCCAAGUCGGUUAUAUUGCUACAGCGCUCGAACCGCUCGAUACACGCUCGACACCCAACUUCCUCACACACAUCGUUGCGAAGACAUUCGCAGGUAUCGGUGUACUGGAUCUCCUUCACAACACAUCAGCAGCCUACUAUGUAGGCGUGGAACCUAGCUCGCUCGUACAGGUCGCCACUGGUGUUGGAUUCGCAGCUGCGGCCAGCAUGAGCGACUGGAUAUUUGGUAGCUGCCUGGUAUACGAUCUCGUCGCGUUGGCUGUUGGACAGGAGGGCAACUGGUCAAGGCUGCUGGGUGGAUAUGCGGCGAUGACUGCUGGUAUUGUGGGCUUCAGGAACUUCUUCUAUCCCCGGUGGAAGGCUCAGAAGGAGGGUAGAUAUGCCAGGGUCCAGGAUGGCGGUGAUGCUGUUUAG